UUAGGACCAGUUGUACGCGGUCUAUUUACUAGUACCGUCGCCACGGCCUCUGCUCGGUGGAGAGAACUACCGCAUUCUUCAGCUGGAUCUGCUUCUGCUUCCGCUACUGAACAUAGUGCGCCGUCACACGUAUCAGUUUCGGAAACAAUGAGCAGCUCCGAAGAAGUGUCGUGGAUCACGUGGUUUUGUGGCCUGAGGGGAAACGAGUUCUUUUGCGAGGUGGAUGAGGAGUAUAUACAAGAUCGUUUCAACCUUACUGGUCUCAACGAGCAAGUGCCCAAGUAUCGCCAAGCCCUUGAUAUGAUUCUAGACUUGGAACCAGAAGAUGACAUGGAUGAUAAUCCAACCAACACUGACCUAGUUGAACAAGCAGCUGAGAUGCUGUACGGGUUGAUUCACGCCAGAUAUAUUUUGACCAACAGAGGAAUCGGGCAGAUGGUAGAGAAAUGGCGUGAUCAUGACUUUGGCGUCUGCCCACGAGUAUAUUGCGAGAAUCAGGCUAUGCUUCCUAUUGGACUUUCGGAUGUUCCUGGUGAAGCUAUGGUGAAACUAUAUUGCCCACGGUGUUGCGAUGUGUUCAUUCCGCGGUCUUCACGUCAUUUACACACGGAUGGAAGUUUAUUUUGGCACUUGGGCGGUUAUCCGCAUAUUUGUUCUUUGUGCAUCCUGAGCUUCGUCCUCGCAAACCAGCCACGCAGUUCAUACCCAGGAUUGUUCCUAUUACGGAGAAUAUUUGAGGCGGAGCUCACACCGAAAGGGGGUCAUACUACCAUCACCAUAUAUACGGGCUUCAAAAUCCAUCUGCUGCGUACAACUCAGUACGCAGCACGCGCACCACAGCAGGCAAACAAUGGUCCACCUGUCGAAAAAGGUGGUUUCGAGCAAUUUGCCAAUGCGUACGGGCUGUGA